AAUUUCCUAAACGAGCACGAGGAUGGUGUUGAGGAUUCCAUAUACGCUGCGACUAUCCUUCGCUCGGCUUUCUAUCAAAACUACAAGAUGCUCGUCUUUAGUCCGCCACCCAGGCAAGUUUUCAGAUGGUUCCUUGAGAAAGACCUACCCGUUCCCAUGACAGUUACAACCGUGGUGAGCCAUCCGGCAGCAGAGACUGUCACACUUGCUGUUUCGGGCGUGCAAAUAACAUAUCAGAAGGUGGCCGAACUGUUUCAUUCCAUCGGUAACUCCUGUCGUGGCAGUGGUUGCCUGAGAUGCAACGAUACGGGCGUUCAUUGCUACAUCACCACUGAAAAUGGACAGAUUAUCGUGUCAACGCAGGGUGAAAAAGCAGUAAACCAGAAUUUGAAGGAACUGGACUGCGCACUUAUGGAGGCCUUGGUAGAGGCAAACGUCAUGCAAGAACGAGAAUUCUAUGACUUUCAGGCAAUAUGCAUUGAGGCCGUCAUACCUGAAAUUAACUUUGCAAGUCGCCUUUUAUCGCCGCUCAACCGAAUUGCUCAAUUCUUGUGGGGCAUCUUUACAGAAUUCCUCUUGUUGUGGAUCAAGGCGGUCUUCUUUCACUUACAGAGCAGCGCGGUUGCUCAGGGUACGUUGACAAAUAUCUUUCCCAAAUCCACACCCAAACUUCACCUUUUAAAGGACAUAGUCGUUGAACUACUCCCGUCGAGCCUAUAA